UAAGGUUUUGUCAAUACCGAUGUUGACGGCUGAAAACAGACAGAUCUGUUUGUUGUUAUCGGCGUGCGCAUGCGCGCGAUAGUUCGAUGGCGGCCGGGCACACCUCGACCGGCCAGGCACUCAACGUUCGUGGCUCGCGCUGCCAUCACGCCGACGAAAACCGCGGGCUAAUAUUAGCCCCCCAGCGUGACUCUAUACCUAAAGAGUCUUAGUGCUAGCCCGCAAACGUGACACCGCGUCGCGUGCUAACCUCGCACUGAGCCCGGCUCGGGUUUUUCCGCGAGAGCUCGCAGGGCGGGCGGCGCGCGCCGGCACCACCCUAUCUUCCCAAUAAGAAAUCAACCUUAUAACCAGUCGCACGUCCUGAAAAUAGUCUAUGAAUUGCUGUAAUUUUCACAUAUUUUCAGUAUAAAAGUAUUUUGUGCAGUGAUAGUUGAAAAUUUUGAGAUUUUCUUGUGAAAUGUGAGAAGGGGCAGAGGGACAUAACAACAGGUCUGAUAAGAAGCGGUCAACAAAAUGACGAUAGUAACGAACCCUGCGCGCUCAAACUCCGAGGAUGAGAUCGACGCGGGCUGCGAGAUCAUGCCGUGCGGCGAAUCCUCUGGCCUCACCAUCGACGAUAACAUGCGCCUCUACGACGACGAGAAGCAGAGCGACAUCGUCUUCGUGGCGGGUAUCAACGGCGACACCUGGCGCUAUCCGGGUCACAGGCGCGUGCUCGCCGCCACCAGCCCCGUCUUCGCCGCGCUGCUCUCUGCCAAGACCGACGUCAUCGUCGUGGACUACAUUGACCGGCGCGGCUUCGACCAGCUCCUGCGUUACCACUACUGCGAGCCCACCCAACUCAACUCCGUGGCCACGGCGCGCUGCUCCCUCGACGCUGCCUACAAGUUUCUGUGCCCGCAGCUCGCCGAGCGCUGCGCGCGCCGGCUUGACGAGAUGCUGAACGCCAGCGUCGCGCUCGAGAUCCUGCGUGACCUGCGCUUCAUGUGUGCACGGCUGCCGGGGGCCGCAUCUGCGCCGCCGUUGCCCUCGCUCACCAACGAUACGGCCGCGCGCCUGCUCGCCCAAUGCUCCUGCUGGUGUGACUCUCUCGCGCACAACGCCCUUCUAGUGCUCGACGAAAACGCCGACGAAGCGCUCACUGAUGAGCGGCUCGAAGAGCUCACUUACGAAGACCUCGCGCUGAUCGUAAAGCGCGAUACCCUUCGCGUAUCGAGUGAGCUGGUGUUGGCGGAGGCACUGUCGCGGUGGAGCACUGCCGCGUGCAAGCGGACCAAGCGCGAGCUAACGCCAGGCAACAAGCGCGCGGCGCUGGGCGAGCUAGCGUACUGUCCACGCUACCUACUGCUGGCGGGCGAGGAGCUGGAACGCGCGCUAGCGUUGGAGUUGCUCGAGCCGAUGGAACGCGCAUUGGUAAUGGCGCGAGCGCGCAAGCUGUCUGCACCGGUGCCGGUGGGCGCGGAGCAGGAGGGGUUGCUGCGGCAGUGGGCGCGCCCGCGGCCCACCACGCCCGCUGCGCUGCCUGUGCACCUCAGCGCGCGCUCCGAACCUGCGGAUGUGCAGCCUAGCAAGCUGUGCGCGCGUCGCGCCAAGCGUCCCAAGCGGCCGAGCUUCGCGCCAGAGGAAAGGAAGGCCCCGAAGCGCGGCUGCUGCACCUCGUUCUGCGACGGUCUGUUGAGAGCCUUCAUCUGCCUUUUCGAUUGAAUUACAAUAAUCGUUUGUCGCAGAUGCUACUCUCCAGGUAUUGUUUGUUAGUAUGUGAAAUCGUUGUUCAAUGUGAAAUCUUCCUAGACGGCAACACUUUCCUUCUAUCUUAUAUGUAUGUGUCUACAAAAACACACUAUUCAAUACAUUAGGUCGUCUCUAUACGGACAAACGAAAAAUAUCUUCGCUACAUGAAGAGUUUAUUGUAUAAAUGUGUAGAAAAAAUAAUUUAUUACUUAGUAAUACGAGCGUAACUAUAUUAUGAUGACUUUUCUGUAAAAAU